GCCGUUCCCUAUAAAUGUGUGGAAGGAAAUGAUAGUAAGGGCGGAAAAAGAAUCAGAACAAAAGAAAAUGGCAAAUAACGCUGGCGAGGAAAAAGAAGAGAAGCUGCAUGAAGUUCCCCUUCUCACUCCUUAUAAAAUGGGAAAUUUUCAACUAGCUCACAGAGUUGUUUUGGCACCCCUUACAAGGCAGCGAUCUUUCAAAAACGUCCCUCAGCCUCAUGCUAUUUUGUAUUACGCCCAGAGAACCACAAAAGGGGGUCUUCUAAUUGCAGAAGCAACUGGAGUUUCUAACACUGCCCAAGGAUAUCCGGAUACACCUGGUAUAUGGACAAAGGAGCAGGUUGAGGCCUGGAAGCCCAUUGUAGAUGCAGUACAUGCUAAAGGAGGAAUCUUUUUUUGCCAGAUUUGGCACGUCGGCAGAGUUUCAAAUAAAGUUUUCUACAGAUUUUCAGCCAAAUGGACAGCAGCCUAUCUCCAGCACAGACAAAGCAUUAACUCCCCAAGUCCGUUCCAAUGGCAUAGAUGUUGCUCAGUUUACACCUCCACGUCGAUUAAGGACCGAUGAAAUCCAUCAGAUCAUCAAUGAUUUCAGGCUCGCUGCGAGAAAUGCUAUUGAAGCUGGCUUCGAUGGAGUGGAGAUCCACGGGGCCCAUGGUUAUCUAAUAGACCAGUUUCUGAAAGACCAAGCCAACGAUCGAACCGACCAAUACGGAGGCUCACUUGAGAACAGAUGCAGAUUCGCUCUUGAAAUAGUUGAAGCGGUUUCCAAUGAGAUCGGAGCAGACAAGGUUGGAAUAAGGCUCUCCCCCUUUGCUAACUAUAUGGAAUGUGGCGAUUCCAACCCAAACGCUUUGGGACUUUACAUGGCUGAAUCAUUAAAUAAGUAUGGCAUUCUUUACUGCCAUAUGGUUGAGCCAAGAAUGAAAACCGUCGGGGUUAAGUGCGAGUCCCCACACAGUCUUUUGCCGAUGAGAGCGGCUUUCAAAGGAACUUUUUUGGUGGCUGGUGGCUAUGGUAGGGAAGAUGGGAACAAAGCCAUUGCUGAAAACAAUGCGGAUCUUGUGGUUUAUGGCCGCCUGUUUCUGGCUAAUCCGGAUUUGCCAAAGAGGUUUGAGAUCAAUGCUCCUCUGAAUGAGUAUAACAGAGAAACGUUCUAUAUCUCUGACCCGGUUGUUGGGUAUACAGACUAUCCGUUUCUGGAAACCACACCUUUGUAAUAAUGUUUGGUAUCAUCCAUAGCUCAACUGUACAAUAUAAUCUCUGCAUAUCUUCUUUUCUCCCUCAAUAAUAAGACUGUGACAUUGUGUUGACACAAACCCAUGGAUGAUAAUUGUUUUCACGAACCCGGCUAGGGGUGGAUGAUAACAGAGGAACGCUUUUAUCAGAAUAUUUUUGCUUCGCACUUCGGUCAAUUGGCAAUAAUUUUUUUGUGGACUUCUGGGAAUCUAUUUCAUGUAGCUUGGCAAGGAAAUUUCGAGUCGUGGAUACAAGACCCUUUACAUGUACGACCUAUUGCUAUUUGGGAUCCUCAUUUUGGUCAACCGGCCUUGGAAGCUUUUACUAGAGGGGUACCCUUGGCCCGGACAUGAACAGUUUGGGGUAAGGGUAAUGGGGAACUGGAACCUUGAUGUUGUUAUGGAAAGAAUUGCAACGGCAAUGUAUUUAGUUCAUUAUUUGAUCUCUGUAAACAUAUAUGGUAUGAAAUUAUGAAUGAUAUGUUGCACGGAUAAUUUAUUUUAAACAAGAUGUAUUUUAUUGGUUCACAAUAUUAUAUUGUUCAAAUAAAAAGUAGUGUUUGCAAAAUGCGAACGGUUGCACUUUUUAC